GCCUGUCUUCUCUUGGCUCUGGCCACACGUGCCUUCGGCGCCGGCCUCACCCACGGUGCGGUCGUCCACGGUGGUCUGGGUCACGCCAGCCUCGGCUACGGUUAUGGCCUUGGAUAUGGCCAUGGCCUUGGAUAUGGCCAUGGCCUUGGAUAUGGCCAUGCUGUCGGGCUUGGCUAUGGCAUCGGCUACUCCGGUUUGACAGGUUACUCUCUCGCUGCCCCAGCCAGAUACGCUGUUGCUGCUCCAGCUGUGAGCCGCACGGUGUCCACGUCCUAUCAUGCCACUCCAGCGGUUGCCACCUAUGCAGCUGCUCCAGUCGCGUACGCCGCAGCCCCAGCUGUGAGUAGGGUGUCUACCAUUCACCAUGCUCCAGCUGUCGCCACCUACGCUGCUCCAGCGGUGAGCUAUGCUGCUGCUCCAAUCGCCACCUACGCAGCUGCUCCAGCUGUGACCAGGGUGUCCACCGUCCACCACGCUCCAGCUGUUGCAGCUUAUGCAGCACCGGUUGCCACCUACGCCACCGCCCCAGCAGUAGCCAGAGUGUCUACCGUGCACCAUGCACCAGCUGUCGCCACCUACACUGCACCAGCGGUGAGCUAUGCUGCUGCUCCAAUCGCCACCUAUGCAGCCGCUCCAGCUGUGACCAGGGUGUCCACCGUCCACCACGCUCCAGCUGUCGCAGCUUACGCAGCACCGGUUACCACCUACGCCGCCGCCCCAGCAGUAGCCAGAGUGUCUACCGUGCACCAUGCACCGGCUGUCGCGACCAUUGCCGCUGCUCCAGUUGCCGCUUACGCUGCUGCUCCAGUUGUGGCAGGAGUGUCCACCGUCCACCAUGCUCCAGCUGUGGCCACCUACCAUGCUGCCCCAGCCUACGCUGUCGCCCACGCUGCUCCCGUCUAUGGUUAUGGCGUUGGCAGCCUCGGCUACGGUGUCGGCCAUUACGGUUAUGGACACGGUCUUGCGAGUUACGGUUUGAACUACGGCUAUGGACUCGGGACCUACGGCGACUACGCUACCCUUCUCCGCAAGAAGAAGUAAACUGGAUCCAGAGAGGGACUGUACUUCACUUUCACAUCCAACAACUUCCUCAAUUUGGGACUUGCAUACUGCCAACCAUUUUGUCUUCGAAAAGUGA